AUGAACUGGCAAAAAGGAAGUACAUAUCAGGCCACCUUGCUUAGAUCCCCGGAUCGUAGCAUAGGCCUAGGAGAUGCCACUCGCAGAGCCAAUAUUGCCACAGCUAAAACAGAGGAUGAUGUAGAAGAAGAAAAUCUCCCGAUUCAGCCUUCUUAUACAUCAUCGGUUUCCCCUUCCCCUUCUCUAUCAGCUCCUUCUCACCUUUCGAACCGACCACUUCCCGAUCUCAACCUUCCCCCGGCUCCUUUGCCGAAGCUUGCCCCUCCUGCACCACUUUCGGCGAAAGAAGAACAAGACCUUCUAACGAAAAGGGAGCAGGUAAAGCGUGAACUGCAGAUACUCCUGAGAAUUGGCUAUGGCCGCAGGGGUCGGAAUGAGAAAACGGUUGAGAAACUCCCCCUAAAAUCGAUAAAAGGGGAUUGGUAUUGA